CUUAAACAAUCAGUUUUUCAUCUACUUUGGAAAAAUGAGGAUAGUUUAUGCUUUUGUCUUUACUUUUGUGGUCUUCCUUAAUUUUAUUGAACCAAGUUCGCAGUCCGACGCGAGAUCUGGUAAACAACGGACUGUUGAUCUUAAUAAAAUUUCUUAUGGUGUGUACGACCCAAGUUCUCCUCGAAUCCGGACAGUUAGUCUCAAUGAGAUUUCUCAUCCUGUGUCCGACUCAAGUUCUUCUAUAGAACGGACUCCUCGUCUCAAUGCGAUUUCUCAUCGUCUGCACGACCCAAGUUCAGGUCGAAAACGGACUGUUGAUCUUAAUCAUAUUUCUCAUCAUGGGCCCGGCCCAAGUUCUGCUAUAGAACAGACUACCAGUCUCAAGAGCAUUUCUCAUAAUGUGCCCGGCUCAAGUUCUGCUAGAAAACGGACUGUUAAUCUUAAUGCUAUUUCUCUACGUGAGCCCGACCCACGGACUGCUAGUCUCAAUGAGAUUUCUCAUCAUGCACCCCAGCCAAGUUCUACUAGAAAACGGACUAUUAAUCUUAAUGAUAAAUCUCAGCGUGAGCUCGGCUCAAGUUCUGCUAUAGAACGGACUACUAGUCUCAAUGAGAUUUCUCAUCGGGCGCCCGACUCGAAGUCUAAUAGACCACGGAUUGCUACUCUUCAGGAGAUUUAUCUCCGUGCUGGGCCCAGGUCCAGUUCCAAGCCUGCUCCUGGCAAUUCUUAUUCUGACAGUUCUUCAUCUGACGGAUCUCCUCGCAGCUCUCCUCCAGCCAGUCCUCCUCCUGGAAGGCUAAUUUUUGUUGAACUACUUGGAUAUCCACUAAACAGACUCGGAUAUGUCCGGCUUGUUCCUCGCACAAAUCCGGAACGGCGAUUCGAAUUCCGCAGGUACAUUUUUCCUCCCGAAAAAUCGAUUUUGAUGUGUUUAGGACGUCCGAGAAUCUAUACCCCCAUUCCUACCCGAGAAUUUAUUGUUUUAUCAACAUCCAAUGGUGAUAUUUUUGCAUUCAUGGAGUACAGUGGGAUUCUUCGGGGGUUGUAUAAGAGCAGUCAAUUAAAUCAGAGACUAAAAAUAAAUAUGAUAACCAAGAAAGUUUCCAAAAUGUCACAAAAGGAAAUUCAGGAAUGUCAAGUAGGCAGAUUUCAUCCAGUCUUCCCCAGAAAUUUUUCUGAAGAAGUUGGAGAUCACGAUUCACUGGCGAUUGAGUACCACUAA